AUGGAGCCCAGGAAUUUCAUCCUCAUUAUGGCAGUUAGCGAAAAUUUAGGUAUAGGCUAUCAACGAGUGCUCCCAUGGAAAAUUCCAGAAGACUGGGAGCACCUGCUAAAAGUAAUAGUAGCAGGCCCUGAAAGAAAUACAUUCGUUAUGGGCAGAACCUCCUGGGAAGACUCUCCUAAGCCGUUUCCAAACAUUCGAAACAUAGUAGUCUCCAGAUCUCUUCAGUCAGCUGAAGGUGCCGAUAUAUGCACCAAUCUCCGUGAGGCUAUAUCAAUUUCAACAGGUCUCUGCUUUAUAGGAGGCGGAUGUGAAAUUUACCGUGAGUGUCUUUCUCCUCCUUUAGUCCAAUACUGCACACAGAUUUAUUUAACCCGAAUCUCCAAUACUAUAAAAUGUGACACUUUUUUCCCAUUCAAUGCAAAAACGCUAUUUCAAGACCCUCUUGUUGAAGGGUUUUCUCCGACUUUAAUUUCCAAGACCAAGUCUCAUUUGGACUAUACCUAUGAUUUUACGAUAUUUUCUAAUAACAAUUUACCAAGGCAGCCUCAUUGUAUUGAGUAUCCACCUCAUGAAGAGUUCCAGUAUCUUGAUUUAAUUAAAGAAAUAGCUUUUUCGAAAAAUUUAAGAGUGGAUGAAGAUGGGAAAGAAAUAGCUACUUUGUUUGGGAAAAUGAUUAAAUUUGAUUUAAGUAUGAGUUUUCCGCUAUUGACAACGAGAAGUCUUAAUUGGGGAGAAAUUGUGGAAAAAUUGGUGAGAGGGAUUCGUGGAGAAGAUGAAGAAUCUGAAAGGUCUGAUGGGUUAAGAAAUGAUAUGCCUGAAUAAAUUAAAUACAAAUUUCAAAUUAUUAUUAAUAGCAUUAUAAGUGGACUGUUUAUAUUUAUUAUGCAAAAGCAUAUAGCUCCAGCCCCAUUUUUGCUAGUUUAGGAGCAAAACCUUUGCCUAUUAAAUAGUCAAUUUUUCUGAUAAGUGCAAUAUAAAAUUGACAAAUGCAAAUUAUAGCUCAUAUUUGUCAAUUUUUAAUUUGCCCUUUAAUAAAAAUUGGCAUUUUUGGCUUAUUGAAUAGGCAUAAGUAUUAUUCUAAAGAUUCUAUUAGUAGUCUUAAACUAUAUACAAUUCAGAUAUUUCCAGGGUCAAGGCAUUCAUCAAUGUACUGAAACAAUCAAUUUAAUAAGAAAUGAACCAAGCUCAAACAAAAUUAUGCUGAGAUUUGGAAACUCGUGUGAGACAACUUGUCAGUUUUAUGUGGCUGAUGGAAAACUAUCAAGUUUGGUAUAUCAAAGUUCAGAAAAUAUAGAGAGGAUGCCAUAUGGCAUUGCAUUUUAUUCCCUUUUUACUUGUCUGGUUGCUCAGAUUUGUGGUUUGAAAAGGGGAGAGUUUAAUUACCUUAUUGGGGUUGUGGAGUGCGAUUUAAGUAGCAUUGAAAAGCUUCAAAAUCAGAUAAAAAGAAACCCUUAUCCAUUUCCUCAAAUAAAACUCAGAGAGAAUAUUGAGUCAAUUGACCAAUUUACACCAGAAGAUGUCGAGCUUUUAAGAUAUUUUAAUCAUGGAGAAAUUUAA